CGCCAACCAACACCGAACUUCGCCGCGUAACACCACCUACCGACCUGGAGUCCACCCCCGAGACCAACCAAACCAAACAUCAUCGUUGCGCCGUUGCGGCCUCCGGAAGCACCUCAGGUCACGAAGAUAAAAAACAAACAACCAAUUGCGACGAAACCAGGCCCAAAUGACGACUCAAUCUUGACCGCGCGAUCUCCCCAAUCGCACCCUCCUCCUCUCCUCCCUCCCGUGGGAUCCGAACCCGUUUCAACGAGGAAAAACAGCAAACGAUGCAGACUCUCGCCGCCGCCCCCGCCGCCGACGACGAAGACUCCCGACGAAAAUGGACAACACGCCCCUCCACCCCGAUAUCAUAACCCUGCCCCCGGACACCGGCCAGCGCCAUGGCGACUUCCUCACCGCGAUCCCCUACAACCGCUCCAUGUACCGCACCACCCUCCUCCUCCGCCUUAGCUCACUCCUCGUCGCCUCCAUCAUCCUCGGCAUCGUCGGCGCCCAGCGGUACGACGACUUGAACAUGGUCGCCAACCUCGCCUUUGGCGCCCCGACCGCCGGCCUGGCCUGGCUCUGGAGCGCGGGCGACAUCGUCGCGCUGCUCGUGCGGGAUCGGGGGCUCCGGUGGACCAAAAACGACCCGAUGAAGCUGCCGCGCAGCACGCGCUUCAGCUGGGGCGCCCCCGGCGGGCAUGUCACCGCGCAUUUGUGCAUCUGGGCGCCCACGCUGGCGUUUAUGGGCAUCAUCCUCUCGACCUGGCUGAGCUAUGCCAGGGACGGCGUUGUCUGGGGGAAUACGUCCCCCGACCCGCGGCAGUUGAGCAUUCUGUCGUCGCUGUCUGUCUUUAUGUUUCUCUUGGCGAUAAUCCAUUUCUCCCUCUUCGUUCUCGCCUGCGUUGCGGUCGACAACAACCGGAGGCAGUACUCGGACGUCGUCUUCGUCCCGCGAGGGGAGCUGUGCGAGAUGGUGCCCGUGCCGCCGACGACGCCGUGGGAGCUCUUCUCGCCGAGGAGGCUGCUGCUCUCGUACUUUGCGAACCACUACGUGCGCUUCGUGCCGGGAGCCGACGGAACUGUGACCAUGGCGAGAGACUAUAGUAGUCGACAGGCGAGGUUUUGAGCGUUGCAUUUAUGACCGGAUUUUAUUAUUAUAAGAGCGAAAAUACCAGCAAACCAACAGUCAGGGGACAGGCGUAGCAACUUCCGAAGGGCAUGACAGCACUGAUCAACGAGGGCAGCCAUCAAUCCCAAGUCGCCGGAAUAACUAACCGCCAUUCGUACAGCAAGGCAGCUGACAUGGAGCGUCUUGGAGCAUUCUUCGAAACAUUUACCCACUAACCAAAGUGAGACUUGUGCUUUGCGUCGAUCAUCAUUGCGAUUUCAUCAUAUUACCACUGCUGUCGGACGACAAACGAUGGGGAAAGCCCAAAGCAUCACCGGAGACAUCGACUUGAAGGAAGGGGAAAUAUUGAGCAUUUAAUGGCAUGACAUUACAUCGCAUACCAGACAGCGGUCAAUGGACCGCUGAUCAAGUGACGCUAGGAGGACUCUGACGCUGCUGCCCAGCAGGGACCAGCAUUUCGAGGGCAUCUCUAACCGGCAUGAUAUCCACAGAUCUCCAACACCACCGAGAGUCAUGAUCUGGGCUCCAGAUCGCACACGACUUGCCGCACUCACCUAUCUAUAAGAGCAUCGAUAGGCACAGGGCGAUUUCGCAAAAUCUACAACAUUUCGCAAAAUCUACAACAUCGCGCACACCGCAGUAACGGGGCCGUUUGAGCUCACAAGCGGCUGAAUUGAUACCCAACAACAAAUAGAGCAUUAUAUAACAGCAACCCACAGCAUAUUUUUUGUAAAAAAAACAAAUAGAUGGAACAUGCCAAAGCAGUUUAACACA